AUGAAGACCAGUCUCGGUGGGCUGAAUGGCCCUGACAUCGAGAAAAAUGACUAUCAGUUCUUGAUGAAUGAUACCGUCACGACUUUCUCCUGGUCUGACCUCACUGUUACCGUCAAGGACAGUCGGACUAAGCACCCGCACAAUCUGAUCGAUGGGAGCAAUGGUGUGGUACAACAAGGAGAACUCGUCGCCUUGAUGGGCCCCUCGGGCUGCGGCAAGACAACGCUGCUUAACGUCCUGGCUCGCCGCACUGCCUCCUCCGGUGCCAAAGUCACUGGUGACAGCUACGUCAACGGAAACAAGAUGGACAAUGCCACUUUUGGACGCAUCACCUCCUACGUGGAACAGGAGGAUGCGUUGAUCGGGUCGUUGACCGUCCAGGAGACUUUGAAAUUCGCGGCAGACCUGUCUCUGCCGCGAUCAAUCUCCAAGUACCAGCGUGCCGAGCGCAUCCAGACUCUCCUCUCAGCAUUCGGUAUCCACGGGCAAGCAUCGACCUUGGUCGGCACUCCCAUCCGGAAAGGCAUCAGUGGAGGCCAGAAACGUCGAGUCAGCGUCGCCAGCCAGCUGAUUACAUGUCCCAAGAUUCUCUUCCUCGAUGAGCCCACCAGCGGACUCGACUCGACGGCCAGUUACGAGGUGAUUUCCUACGUGAAGAAACUGGCUGUUGUCAACAACCUCAUCAUCAUCGCUAGUAUUCAUCAACCAUCCACAUCUACAUUCCAACUCUUCGACAAACUCCUCCUUCUAUCAGAGGGCAAAACCUGCUACUUCGGACCCGUGCCAGCGGUGCCGUCGUACUUUGACUCCAUCGGUCUUCCAAUCCCCUCGAAUACCAAUCCAGCCGAGUACCUCCUCGAUAUCGUCAGUUCCGACUUCACCGUCCACCAGAGCCAGGCUGACCGGGUUCAAUCCGCAUGGACACAGUCAACCGAACGCACGGCUCUCGUCCAGCACCUGCACGACGACGCCGCGGCCAACAAAAAGGUCGUCACGGACGCGCGCCGUCGACCUACCAUGUUCCAGAUUACUCUUACGCUCCUCCAUCGUCUCUUCAUCAAGAGCUAUCGCGAUGUCGUGGCAUAUGGUAUCCGUAUCGUCAUGUAUCUCUGUCUGGCGAUCAUGAUGGGCACGGUGUGGCUGCGUUUACAUACCUCUCAGGAAUAUAUCCAGCCAUUUAUCAAUGCAAUUUUCUUCGGCUCCGCCUUCAUGAGCUUCAUGGCCGUCGCUUACGUCCCCGCCUUCCUCGAAGACCGAGCAACAUUCAUCAAAGAACGAGCCAACGGUCUCUACGACGCAUUACCUUUUCUUCUAUCCAAUUUCAUAAUCGGACUUCCCUUUCUCUUCAGCUACUUCCUCUCCAACUUCCACCCCUCUGCGACUUCUUUCUUCAUCUACACGAUGUGGCUGUUUCUCGACCUCGUGGCUGCUGAAUCCCUUGUCGUAUUCGUCACCUCUGUAGUUCCGAAUUUCGUCAUCGCUUUAGCCCUGGUCGCUUUCGCGAAUGGACUUUGGAUGAGCGUCGGUGGUUUCUUGGUUUCAAAAACGAUUUUGAAUCCUUUUUGGAAAUUUGUUUUUCAUUAUAUUGACUAUCAGGCAUAUGUUUUUCAAGGGAUGAUGGUGAAUGAGUUCGCGGAGAGAGUGUAUUCCUGUGGUGAAGGGUGUAAUUGUAUGUAUCAGACUGAAUUGGCAUCGCAGUGUUUAAUCCAGGGGAAAGGCGUGUUGAAUCAUUAUGGCUAUUCCACCGGUAGGACUGGCAAAUGGGUGGGUAUUCUUAUUGGGAUUAUCGCGGUGUAUCGUCUAUUUGGGUAUGUUGCUCUGGUGUUGAGGACUUAG